GCUCAUGGUUAGAGACGUCACGUUGCUGUGGUCAAUUGGCACUCACUGAGACUGUUUUUGACCUUUUAGAGCUACCGAAAACUGAGGUAGCUGGAAGCGUGUGAUUGAAAACAAGACAAAAAGUCAUGUGGAAUAAAAGAAACAGAAAGAAACGACCAAUAAAGAUGAACUUCGAGCUAGAAGAAUCGCUGCUCACCCAGAGCGGACCCGUCUCAGAGAGGAUGGAGAAAUGGACGGAAGCCCAGAGGAAAGGUCAGAAAAUCGACAUAGACGUUUACGGGAAACCAUCAGAGAAACAACUCAGGGAACUGGAACACGUGAGGAGCUUGAGCAAAGAGCUACAGGAUAAUUUGCAUGAAUUAGAAACCGCUGUCCGCAUCGCAGACGUGGAGAACCAAGCGAUGAACCCGACAGCACCCAUGCUGGACUACUCCGAAGACCACGAAUUCGUGUCCGCGAACCGGCUGAACAAUUGCUACGGCGACGAAGACUUGGUUGACGCCAAAGAAGAAGAAAAACGUAGACUGACCAAGGGUAAAAAGACAACGACAGAAAUACAGCAGUUUUACGCUGAUCAGAGUGUGUUUGUGACCGGUGGCACUGGGUUUCUGGGUAAAGUUUUGAUUGAGAAGUUGCUGCGCUCGUGUUCAGAUGUCGACACCGUCUAUGUGCUCGUUCGAAACAAGAGGGGCAAGGACCCAAGGGACAGGGUGCACGACAUCCUUGAUGAUUUCCUGUUCCAGAGAGCGCACAAUGAGAAGCCUAAGAGCGUACACAAGGUUGUCCCCAUUUACGGUGACAUGACGCUUCCUGGGCUGGGCAUAAGCGACGAGGACAGGAAGACCCUGGUCAGCAAGGUGACAAUUAUAAUUAAUGCGGCUGCCACCGUCAAAUUUGACGAGAAGCUGAGCAUCGCGACCGCGAUCAACGUUAAAGGAACCAAGGAAGUCCUGAAACUCGCCAAGGAGUGCAGGAACUUGAAGGCGGUUACCCAUGUCUCGACCGCCUUCUCGAAUACGCAAGUCAAACACAUCGAAGAGAAGUUCUACGACUCUCCGAUGUCGGUGGAGACUUUGGAGGCUGUUUCGGAGCUAGACGAUGAACUGAUCAAUAGCAUACUGCCUACUCUCCUCGGCAAAAGACCAAACACAUACUGCUUCACGAAGGCAGUCGCUGAAGAGGCGGUGAGGAGAUACGGAGAAGGACUGCCUAUUUGCAUUUUAAGACCAUCUAUAGUUGUGUCUACGUAUGAGGAGCCGGUGCGCGGCUGGACGGACAGCGUGUACGGUCCGACGGGGCUCGUCGUGGGCAUCGGCACUGGGGUUCUACGCACUAUGUACAUGGAUUUAGAGAAAGUUGCCGACAUGGUGCCCGUGGACUACACCGUGAACGCCAUACUGGUUUCGGCGUGGCACACCGCUAAGAACUUCAAAGAGAAUCAAACAUCGCACAUACCGAUCUAUAAUUAUGUGUCCGGAGCCCAGAAUCCUAUCAAAUGGGGCGAAUUCAUAGAUUUGAAUCGAAAAUACGGUAUCGACAAACCCACUACGAAGGCUGUGUGGUACUACGGAUUGAAUCCGACCAACAAUUACUACAUGUUCCUGUUUUACAAUUUCUUCUUGCACUAUCUACCAGCGCUUUUUGUCGACAUUUACUUCGUUCUGGCGGGCAAGAAGGCUACGAUGGUGAAGAUCUACAAAAAGGUGAUGAAGCUGACCAACAUCCUGUUCUACUUCUCGACCCAGGACUGGCAGUUCAGCGACAACGGAGUCCGGGACAUGUGGGGCUCGCUGCCGGACGACGACAAAGUCAUAUUCCCGUUUAACAUAGCCGAUAUGUCCUGGGACUAUAUGUGCGAGACCUUCCUAGUCGGACUUCGUGUGUAUCUACUUAAGGACGACCUGUCCUCUCUGCCCGAAGCCAGAAAAAAAUGGACAAGAUUAUUCAUCCUGCAUCAAAUUGUGAAGCUCGUCACUCUUAGUUUUGUUUUGUAUUUAGCCUAUGUAAUACUAAAACCGAUCGUAUCUUUGUUUGUGGCUUGAGUAACUGUAUCUUAGUCUGAAUAAUUAAAAUUAAGAUAUUUAUGUUUGUACAGACACGAUGGUAGCGGAUAAAAUUGUUACAGUGACAUCUAGCGAUGAAAUUCAAAACCAUGAAGUAUUUUUUGUUAUUUUAAUGACAUCUAGUGGUUGGACACGCGAAGAAUAAAUAUUCUAUGUUAAAAAAACUUAAAACUGAACAAUGGCAACGAACAUAAAAAAAUAUUUACAAAAAUAUAUGUUAUCAAGACAAAUUGGGUUAUUUAUAGGGAUAUUACCAAUUUAAAGCAGAUUAUUAUGAGAUUUAUUUAAUUUGUGAGAGAUUUUAAACGAGAUUUUAAAUGUUAAAGUAAUUACAGUAUUUAAUAUUAUAAAAUUAAAUAUGUAUGUACUUACUUAAUUGUUGGACGUGUCGGUGUUUAAUUAAGCAACAAAGAAAAGAGGUUAGACAGUGUUUAAAAUAUGUACAAAUACACAAAUAAAACAAGUUUUAGAAUAAAAUAAUAAUGACAUAUUUCAGCUUUGGCGCGCUCUUAGUUUUUUUUUUAAAGGAAUUAUAUGACCUGGUAAUUAAGACCUUUAAGUCAUGUCUUAAUUUAAUUUAUAUUAGUCUUAUUUUUAUGAAAAAUUAUAAUAUGAAGGGAAAUGAAAUGAAAUGAAACGAAGAUGAUUAAUUUGAGACAUUAAUUAACUGGGAUGAAAUUAAAUUAAAUGAUGGUAUGGGAUCAAAUUUGAUCUCAGUAAAAUGGUGGUCAUUUACUGAAAAAUUUUCAGUGGACUUUUUGGAGGAACCCGAGAAGUUACGUCCAGCAGCUUUGUUUCAUUUUCCCAUAUUUGUGCACUUUCACAGAUAUUAAACAGUUAAUAAACCACCGUUACUACACAUUUAAAUCUGAAGAAAAACUAAAUAGAUAAAAUAAAACAAAUCACACAACUUCACUCCUCGCAUUCCCGCCAAAAAGUCGCGGGCUUUUAGUGUGUACUCUCUACCAUAGAUUAAAUUGUUGUGAUUUAAUGUCUUAAUUUAAAUAUGAACCUAAUUAAAAUCCGCCAGUUACCUAACUAUAUAAGCGAUCCAAUACAUUGUUGGAUAAAAACCUUUUAAAUAUCAUAACCACGAGAUUAAUCCGUCCUUGAUUCUAGAAUUAAAACUUUAGAAAUUAAAACAUUUUAAACUAGCUAAAAUAAUUUAAAAGAAAGUGUAGGAAACGUAUCUGGUAACAAAAUAGUCAAAAUUCAUUUAGGCAAAAGUAUUUUCUAAAUGUUAACUUCACUCUACACAUUAGAUCAAUCUCUUAUAACGGAAUGUUAUCUCGGAACUAUUUAAUGCAUAGAUUUGUCGCGUCACGCAAAAGCAAUUUUAUGUUUUAAGUGUUCAAUGUUCAAAUUAUUGUUAUUACUAAUAUUUUGUCCUUAAACAAAGGAAAGUGUACAGAGAAAAAAAAUACUAGCUUCCAAUAGCGUAAAACAUUGAUUUAUUAAACUAAUCAUAGUUGAAUACAUACUUGUUUGAAUUGUAUGUAGUAUAUUACGUGAGUCCGCGAUAUCGGUAUGCUCACAGCCGAUUGUGGAAAGGGUUGCCACCUUUUUUUUGUAGAUAAAGUACAUUGGUUGUUAUAGGUAGGAAAAAAAUUUAGAAAAAAAACGAGUGCUCAGGUGAUGUAGUGUAUUUCGCUUAUCGAAAAAAUACAUAUGACUAAACUUUUUAAAAUCCCAAAGAAAGCUAAACAUGCCAAAUAAAGUAUUUUCGUGGACUUAAUUGUUCACAUAAAGUAUAGAGUGCAAUUACCUGAAAUAGCGUGCAAUACUUUAUUAUAAAGUACGGGUGGCAGCCCUAAUUGUGGACCUCGCUAUCUAAAAAUGCGCCAUUUUAUUUAUUGAAUCUCAAAAUUUGCCGCGCAAACUUACUAAAUUUUCCCAAACGUGUACGUGAUUUCAUUCCAUCUGACAGAGUUUGGGGCUGGUUAUACAAUAUAUAAACGAAGAACUUACAGUAGUUGAUGCUCAAAUGAAAUAUUAAGUGUAUUUUAUCUAUGCACUUAUGCACCGUGAUUGGUUUUGAGAUUAACGUGAAAUUUGUUAGAUUACUGUUUCAUGCUUUAUUAUAUUACAAAUUGAAGUAGUUUUUAUAUUAAAUAACCUAAAAAUGCU